CUUGUUCUAAAACAAAGCAACUCUACCCAGAGACUCGGCUGGACGAAACACAGGCAAAGAAGAGCCAUUGCCUCAGCUUUUUAUUCCUACUAAACUAUUCCUUUCAGUAAGGAAAGCUGAUCAACACUGGUGCUUGCCACCCAUUUUGUUUCUUCUGGGACCUGGUCAUCGACCUCUGCCUCUCAAGCAAUGUUGAUUCUUUCCUGCCCUUCCAAGUUGCAGAUACUGGAGGGGAUGCUGAAGAAGUGCCUCCCUCAAGCGCUUGGGGUCCACGGAACAGUAAUGAACAUAAAUCGUGGGAACCCACUUGGCCAUGAGGUGAUUGUGGAUUCCUGGCCCAAUUUUAAAGCUGUCCUGAGUCGGCCACACAGAAAGGUUGCCUCAGACGACUCAAAUUGCCACAUCAAUACAUAUGCAGCAUUUUACCAUGAUCUUGAUGCAUAUCGAACUCUGGCACUGGACACAGAUGCUAUCAAUUGGGCUCAAAGUAUACAAAUCCAAGGGAACCAGCAGGGUAUACUUCAAGUCUCCCAAGAAGCUGUCACCACCAAGAAUGUGCCACUGUCAGCAUUACCCUACUUGACCUAUCUGCACCCUGACCCAAAUAAAUUGCCUGAGCAUCGGCUAGAUCCCAGCUUCACGAUGUCCACCUUGAAUGCCUCUCAUGUUGACCUGGUGAAUGAGACAUGGGCCUACGGAGGCAAUGAACGAAGUCGUAGGUACAUAGCCAGCCUGGUGGAGGCUUUCUUCAGUUUCUGCAUCCUGGAUCCCAAUGGUCAGCUCAUCAGCUGGAAUAUAAUGGACCAUGCUGGGGCACAAGGAAUUUCCUACACCCUGCCCUCACACCGUGGAAAGCACCUUUCAGCCGUGAUAGGAAGGGCACUAAGCAUGAGAGCUCAUUCUGCUGGCUACCCUGUAUAUGGACAUGUUGCUCCAAGCAAUGUCCACAUGCAGAGGAUACAGGAGCGUCGAGGCAACCAGAAAGUAUCUGACUUGUGCCAUUAUUGUAUCCAUGGUGAAAUAUAGGAGAGGAAGAGCAAAAGAAAACUUCUCUGCAGGGCCUGCUCUAGGAAAUUUUCAAGUGUAAGCAAGCAGUAAUUUUGGCGCCCCCCCCCCCCC